AUGAUUUUGUUGCGUCAUCCAGAGGAUAACUUGGACGCUGAUAUAAUAAGAAGAUUCUGUGGUCAGGAUAGCAGAGUACCCAGUAAUUGCCAACAGUUUAGAUCUGACUACAGUUACCACUAUGAGACUAAUGGUUGGCUUAAGGUGCACCGUAUUCCUGCUAAAUUUCACGACGCCUGGCUGAGAUGCAGUUUGGAAGGUGCUGUUCUGGCUUCACCAAGUAGCGUAUUGAUUGAGAUGGCCAUCCGGAAAGAGAUGAAAAACUGUAAUGUGGCCACGAGCGGUAUACUUACAGGAAUUCACGCCACAUUCUCUAAAGGCGACUUCUUUUCAAUAGAAGGAAUACCGUUAAGGAACAUGCCGGUGGAGUGGAUGCCGGCUGAACCUGACAAUAAAAGUAACGAAGAGGAUUGUAUUCUGUACGUAGCGAAUGGAACCAUAGCUGACAUCAGCUGCUCCGAGCUGCAUCCGUACAUCUGUUACAAGGAGAACAACAAGAAUGUUGUCGUCAAUGGAUGUGGAACUAUUGACAGGGAAUACAACUUGGACACACGGACUGGAAGUUGUUAUAAAUUUCACAAAGUGGCCAGGAAUUGGACACGAGCGUUCAUGACCUGCUCUGCUGAGGGCGGGCAUCUGGCCAUCAUCAACAGUGAGACAGAGGCGAAAGUACUACAAGAACUCUUCGCCAGACACCCUCAAAACACCAUCGAGCCCAAUACUCUCCCAGUCCUGAGGGAUAUUAUACACAUUGGCUUUCACGAUUGGUCCGAACGGGGAAUCUGGACUACCAUCCAUGGUCAAUCCCUAGUUGAAGCUGGUUUCGACCUCUGGGGAGAGCAUCAACCGGAUAACGCAGCACCUGGAGAGUAUUGUGGCGGGAUGUUCAGACAUGGGAGGCUGGACGACGUGUGGUGCUACAAGAGGGGACCCUUCGUGUGUGAGAAAAAGCCAGAGAGUCUGCAGGAGGAACCUGAUUUAUAUAAAGAACUGCUCGGAAAACAAUAA